GUGGUCGAGUUCGAGCAGGAGAUCCGCGUGGUGGGGUCUGGCACGGCACUAUCGCCGAAGUGGCAGAGCGAACGGGCGAUUUUUGUUGAGGUCAAAGUUGAGUUCGCUGACUUGGCGGAUGUGGUGCGGUCCGCGGGCGGUGGUGAUCCGGUCAAUUCGCUGCCCGACGUAUUGCGCGAUGAGCUCAACGAGAUGGUCGCCAAUCCAGCCGGACCGGGCGCUGGGGGCCAAGGAGUGGGCCAACCUGCGCGCGACGCACCUGAGAGAGCCAAGUCCUUCGAGGAUGUCAAGGCCGGGCCGCUCGCCCCUCGCCGUUUCAUGGGCCAGGCCGAGGUUGAUCCGUUCAUGAUCGACGACUUCCGCUGCUGGGGCGUUGACGAG